AUGGGUUUCAAAUCUGUCGCACUCUCCACGCUGCUCCUGCUUGGUCAGGCCGCAGCAGCCUCUACCACGGCUUCGGCUUCGACUGCUUCCACCUCUGUCGAGCCGAUUAUCAUGAAGGGCACCAAGUUCUUUUUCAAGAACGGCACGCAGUUUUUCCUCAAGGGUGUCGCUUACCAGCAGGACACGGGCGCCGCCGGCACCACGACCAGCACCACCUUCAUCGAUCCUCUCAGCGAUGAGUCCAACUGCGAGCGUGACGUGCCGUUGUUGAAGGCCCUGCACACCAACGUCAUCCGCACGUACGCCAUCGACCCGACGGCCGACCACAGCGCCUGCAUGAAGCUGCUGGCCGCGGCCGGCAUCUACGUCGUCUCUGACCUGAGCGAGCCGUCCAACUCCAUCAACCGUGACAGCCCGGCCUGGAACACGGCCCUGUUCAGCCGCUACAAGGCCGUUGUCGACGAGAUGAGCCAGUACGACAACGUCAUCGGCUUCUUUGCCGGCAACGAGGUCACCAACAAUGCUACCAACACUGAUGCCUCGGCCUACGUCAAGGCUGCCGUCCGCGACACCAAGGCCUACAUCAACUCCACGGUUUCCCGUUGGAUGGGUGUGGGCUAUGCCGCCAACGACGACGCUACCAUUCGCGACAAGAUGGCCUACUACUUCAACUGUGGCGACCAGGAGAGCGCCAUCGACUUCUGGGGCUACAACAUCUACGAGUGGUGCGGUCAGAGCACCUUUGUCAAGUCCGGCUACCAGACGCAGGUUGAGUUCUUCUCCAACUACUCUGUGCCCGUCUUCUUCGCCGAGUACGGCUGCAACACGCCUAGCGGUGCCGCCGGUCGUAUCUGGGAGGAGACCACUGCACUGUACUCGAGCGAGAUGACCGAUGUGAUCUCCGGUGGCAUUGUCUACAUGUACUUUGAGGAGACGAACGACUACGGUCUGGUGACCGUUGACGGUACCUCUGCGUCUACCCUGGCGGGCUACUCCCGACUCAAGUCGGUCAUCGCCACGGUCAGCCCCAGCUCCACCGCCAUGAGCGCCUACACUGCAACCAACAGCCCGGCCUCGUGCCCCACCAUUGAUGCUUCGUGGAAGGCUUCGGACACUCUGCCGCCCACCCCUGACAACACCACGUGUGACUGCAUGUACAGCUCGCUGUCCUGCAUUCCCGCCACUGGCCUGAACUCGAGUGCCUACGCCGGCCUGUUCGGCCAGGUCUGUGGCCUGAGCAGCAGCGCCUGCGCUGGUAUCAACGGAAACACCAGCACUGGUGUCUACGGUGCCUACAUCAUGUGCUCUGCUGAGCAGAAGGUCGCCUACGUGCUGAACGAGUACUACAAGGAGCAGAGCUCUGCUUCCACCGCUUGCGACUGGGACAGCCAGGCACAGGUUGUCAAGGCAGCCUCCGUUGCUGCGUCCUGCUCUACUCGUCUGGCAGCAGCCAGCUCUAGCAACAGCUAUGCCGCCACUGCCACUGCCAAGGGCACCAGCACCAGCAAGACCACCAGCACCAGCAAGUCGAGCAGCUCGAGCAAGAGCGCGGCUGCCGGCAACCCGAUGCGCAGCUUGGGUGAUCUGACUGUUGGUCUGUACGUGGUUGUUGCCAUGCUUGCCGGUGCGAGCAUGGUUCUCCUGUAA